UAUCCGAUCUGAGAUGGACUCACAUGGAGAAGAGGACCUUGGGCGCACGGCGGAGGCCUUGUGUUUGGAGGUCAGGCCUCUGCAGAGGGACAGACUUGGAACCAGACUAGCCCACAGGAAGACUUUCAGUCUGGACUACACAAAUGCCCACCAGGUAGUUCAUUACAGGGGGCAAAACUCCCCACGAGGAUACUCUGAUCUGCACUUUCCAGACUGUGAUCUCCAGGCAGGGCAUAUGCUGAGGUCCACAGCCAGCCAACAGGCCUCCACAUCCCCAUGCCAUAGGACAAGCCCUCCUCCCUAUGGCAGGACUGUGAUGCUUUCGAGGAGGUCUGAUCUAGAUCCUGUUAUGUCGGAUAUUAUUAGAGGCUCACGCAUCUCUCGUGAGGAUCAGGAAGCAGGCAGCUCCUUCAACCGCAGAGCUCCUCUGAUGUCUCUCAGCAGCUCUGAGGAGGAACAGGAGGCUGGAGAACAGGCUGGCAGAGCUCCAGCAGGGCUCAGCAUGACUUCAUCCCUGCUAACACCCACUCCCACUGGGGAACGCAGGCUGGGUAAGAGAGAGAGGAAGCAACUGAAGAGCCUGAGGAGGAGACAGAGGAGGAGAGAGCUCUGCAAACAGAGCCAGCAGCAGGAGAACGUGCAGAGCUCUACAGGGAACCCAUCUAGCAGUAGUGAGGACGAGGAGCUGCCCGGCCGGGAUCGUGAAGGCUAUAUCUGUGCUGUGUGUCUGGAUGUCUACUUCAGUCCCUACAUGUGCCAUCCCUGCAGCCACGUCUUCUGUGAGCCUUGUCUGCGGACACUGGCCAAGAACUGCCCCACCAACACACCCUGUCCAUUGUGCAGAACCACCAUAACACACGUCUUCUUCCAGAAAGAACUGAACCAAACAGCCCGUACAUUCUUCCCAAAGGAAUACCUGUCUCGGAAGCAGAAUUUCCAGAAAGCGGGCUGUGCAAAAUGGCCUCUUCCAAGCUGCCGUAAACUAUUUCGAAUUUUUGGAGGCUUUCGAAGGCAGGCAAAUCCAAUCGGCAGACGGCAGUUCCCUCACGGGGGCUACCGGCUUGAUGCCUUCAACUUUGAGGAUGAUUCGCAUGGCUGGCGAUUUGACAUGGACAUGGUGAUCAUCUAUAUAUACUCCGUCAACUGGGUCAUUGGCUUCAUUAUCUUCUGCUUCUUCUGCUAUUUCUUCUUCCUCUCUUUUUAAAGAGAAAGCACAGGGAAACUGUCUGCGGUGUUUCAGAUCUUUAGGAAAAUACCAAAGUCGUCAAGAAGAGAAUCUCCUUGCACUGCAGCUGUUUCUGAACUAUGUGUAGGAAACACCAACCAGUCACAGAGACAAAUGAAUUCAUACAGCUAAAACUCAAGAGUGUGAUGGUUCAUUUACUGUAAAGAUGAAUCAUGAAUUUUGAGUUUGUGGUUUGCCUGAUAUCUGUUUGCUUUUAAACAGAAUUUUGGCUGACUGCGUGCAUGGAGAAGCUUUGCAUGGAUAAUCACAAGUGGACUAUUCAUUUCACUACAAGUUGUAUUCACAUGCUGUAUUUUCAUGUGAAUAAACUUGUAAAAGGUCUUCUCUAGAGGUUUGUAAACUAUCCAUAACUAUGGGUCAGCUGCUAAACUAUUCAUAAAAUAUGCAGAGAAUAAUAACAGUUCAUUAGUUUUUAACGUUUCCUGCUUGCUUUUCCAGAAUUUGUAAAUUAGCCAUAAAGGUUCUUUGUCUGGUCUCAAUACCUAAUACUCAGUUUGUUGUCUUAGAUAGACUUUUGCCACACAAUUUAUAUUCUCUCUCUCUCUCAGCAUAUGAUGAGGAAACAAUUAUUUGUUCCAUAAAGUUCCAUAAAAUUUCACUAAAGAUAUCAAGGACAUCAAUUUAUUGUUUCUUGGUCACAGAUUGUUUCUGAUUAUGAAAAUUAUUGAUGUUAUUAUUUUAUAUUUUAUAUAUAGAUUUUAUUCUCAAGCAUUAAUUUAACUUUUUUCUUUAAAAAACAUGAAGCAGUAAUA